UGACGCAGCGACUGUUCCGUUUGUUUUUGUUUUUUUUCUUCUCUUCCCUGUACUUCCCGAGAGUGCCGUGAUUGACAGAGUCGCGUGGAGGGGGAGAGACAGACAGACAGACAGAGAGAGAGAGAGAGAGAGAGAGAGAGAGACAGAGAAAGAAAAGCAGCGGAGAUCUUCUCAUUAAGACCAAUCUACUGAACGAUGGCGCAAUGGCAGAAGGUUCUCAAACUGGAUCCAGCCCGACAGGUGGCGGUGAGCAGGUUGUAUGGAGAAGUUCUCCCUCGGGAGUACCGCCAUUGCCUUGGCGAUUGGAUCGAGGACCAGAACUGGGAUUUGGCAGCUGAUGAUGAAGAUAAAGCAACGGAAUGUUUCCACAAACUCCUGUGCCACUUGGAGUUACAGGAGAAACUUUCUUAUCAGAUGAACAACAUUUUACAGGGGCCGAACUUUCCAAGGAUAAAAUGUCACUUUGAGAAACACUUUAAAGAUUAUCCCGUGAAGUUGGCCAAGCUUAUUUGUGAUUGUCUAAGUAAGGAGAGGAAGAUCCUGGACUCCACCAUUGAAACACAGGACAGCGAACCCAGAAACCAGGAGCAAAGUGACAUGGGAAACAAAAUCAGUGGACUGAGGAAUGAAAUUCUGACCGCAGAGCAGCAGAUCAAGUAUCUGGAGAACCUACACGUUGAGCUGCUGAAUGAACUGCCCCUGUCCCCGGCUCUUGCGAGAGAUGGUUUGCUUUUAAAGGCCAAGAGUGACACCCAGAACAAAACAAAAGAGAUGUUGAUUAAGCAGCUAGAGAGCAUUUUAGGUCUGGCAGGGUCCAUCGUCUCCUCUCUCAUCUUUGAGAAGUUGCCUAAGUGGAAGAGCCAACAGCAGAACGUCUGCAUUGGAGGCCCUACUGGCAGUUGCAUUAACGAACUACAGUCUUGGUUCACAACAGUGGCAGAAGACCUGCAACAGCUGCGUGGGCAGCUGAAAAAGUUUCAUGAGCAGGAAAUGAAAUAUUCCUCAGGUGAACCAUUUAACCUUCUCACUCAAGUGACACAAUAUGAGGAACACACGCAUGACCUACUCAGAAGACUUCAUGAAAACGCUCUUGUGGUUGAGAAACAGCCCUGCAUGAAAUCUCUGCCUCAGCAACCUUUGAUAGUCAAGACUAAAGUGGCUUUCUCUGUCAAAGUCAGGUAUUUGAUUAAACUCAAGGAGUUUUACAGUCUGCUUCUGGUCACACCUUUUUUUGACAACAUUCUUUAUUUGAACAGGGAUGUCAAUGACAUCACAAUUAAUGGAAAUAAUGAUUGUUCCAAGUUCCGGAAAUUCAACCUCACUGCAAACAAGAGUCCUCGCAUCAGCAAAGUGUUGGCUUUGGACUUUACCAGUGACGCCCUGGUGGCAGAAUUUGAGAAUCUGACACUCACAGAAGAGAGAGAUGCAGGUACCAGAUCAAAUAAUCAGAGUUCCCUGCCUGUCAUGGAGGAGCUUCACAUCAUUAAAUUCGUGACUCAGCUUCAGUGGCUUGGACAAGCGCUUGAUGUUGAGACCAGCACUCUGCCCCUUGUGGUCGUGUCCAGUAGCAAUCAGACACCAAGUGCCUGGGCCUCCCUGCUGUGGUGCAACAUGCAGACCGGUGAACCCAAGAAUCGAUCAUUGUUUCUCAGUCCACCCUCAGUCACUUGGCAGCGGUUGUCAGAGGUUCUGAACUGGCAGUUUUUGUCCAUCAGCAAACGAGGGCUCAAUGAAGACCAGCUUUCUAUGCUAAGAGACAAAUUUGUGGACCAGGCUGAUGGCCUCGUCCACUGGACCAGGUUCUCCAAGGAGGGUGUUUGGUUUUGGAUUUAUGGAAUCCUGUAUCUGAUCGAAAAACACCUUCUGGAUAUUUGGAAUGAUGGGUUCAUCAUGGGUUUUGUAAGCAAAGAGCGGGUGGAUUCCUUGUUGCGGAACAUGCAAACUGGGACCUUUAUCCUACGCUUCAGUGAGACUGUUAAAGAGGGAGCCAUUACAUUCAGCUGGGUAGAGCACCUAAAUGGGGGGACCCAUGUGCAUGCAGUGGAGCCCUGCACUGAGAAGGACCUUGAAAUGAUGUCCCUCCCUAACCUCAUCCGCUGCUACAAUUACGUUUCCCCAGAGAACACACUGAGGAACCCUCUACACUAUCUAUACCCAAGCAUCCCCAAAGAGGAGGCCUUUAAACGCCACUACAGCAACAAGACACGGAGAUCCAUUUUGAACGAAUACCUGAGUAGAAGAUGGGCCGCACUUUCAAGUCUGCCCACCCCUCUUCUGUCUCCGGAUGAAGAGAUGGAUUCACCUGAAGAGGAAUUCAUCGAAGACAUGGACAUUGUGCUUGAGCACUUCUCCCCAGACUUGGAAAAGCUUAUCAUGGAAGAGCUUCAAAAGGAACUAGACAAUGAAAAAGCAGAAACCAGCACCAGGCAGCACCCUUAAACAAAGGCUGAAAUCCUGUUUAAAGGCUUCCUG